CUCUUGGUAACAAAAGACGGGCGCCUAGCGAUUGGAUCUUGAACAGCAUAGUUACAAAUUUGAACUAAAUAAAAAGUGAAAGAAUGGAAAAAUAUCCAACCGUUCCAGAAUUUGACCAUCAAACUUCAGGGGAAAAUGAGAUUUGGAAGGAAAUUGAUAUAAUUACUAAACGCCCCCGUACCCCUAACUAUCCGUAUACAGAUUUAAACGACAAGAUGAUUGCCAAUAUUCAAAAAAAAUCCAGAUCUGCACCAUUUUUUAUGCCACCAAAAUUGGAGAACCUGGAAAAACCAGAGCCUGGAAAAGACAAGCAAAAUCCAUCUUGCCUUUUUAACAAAGAACUUGAUGAGAAUCUUAUAACAAGAGAAACGGCCUAUAGACAGAAGCGCUUCGCCAAACCACAUCAUACGAAUUCUGUAAACAGGAAUCUCGUUAGGAUUGAAACUACAGCACCGUUUUGUUUUAUAAAAGAGCAAAAGUCAAAGGAUUACGAUAAUUGCCGAGGCUUAGCCUCUGUAAAAUGGGGACCAAACAGAACUGGUGAAGCGACUAGAAGUCAUACUUUUGGUGAGGAUGUAGAAAGGUAUACAAUGAUUGACAUGCAGAGGAGAAACCCAACAAACUAUUCAGGUCGGGUUGUAAUGGAUUGCGGUAGACCGGGAGAUGGUUAUUAUGCUGAAAAGUUUCCCUCAAGAACAACUUGGUUUGGUUCUAGCGUUCCAUUAAAUAGGCAUUUUGUUCUGCCAUCGGUUUACCCAAAGACGGCUGCAGAGUAUGACAAGGAUCAUAUGAAUGAAAGAAUCUUUAGAGAGAGGUCAUCGGAGAGCUGGCCUCAUAUGACCGAAUAUACAGACAGAUACCUGUUGUAUGGUAGGACCGGAUGUCCAUUAUCAGGAUAA